GACGUGCGCUCACGUCUAUGUCAUAGCAUAACAUGAACUCAAACAUACAAUACAUGUAUUGAUAGACAAAACUCGGACUCGAAAUACAUUUGUCCGCAAAAACGACUCAAUUAUUAUCACAUCUAAUUGGGAUGAGAUCCACGACAGCAUCGGAUGAUCACAUGUGGUAACACUACUCCACACUCGACCACUCUAUUGGACAUCACUUUGUUGUUGUUAUCGUAAUCUCUAAUCUAAUUGUUUGUUAUAAUAAUGUUUGGCUUAAUAUUGAAUAUGAUUUGCGAGCGUCUGAACGACAAGAAGUUGUUACGGCUGUCUCAGCACAAGUACUCGGCCUCCGGUACCACUCUAUUGGAUCCACUGAUGCAGAGGUAUUGGCGAUGGUUUGUGGAACGAGUGGUACCUCUUUGGUGGUCACCCAACGCCAUGACUCUCGUCGGUCUCGCCUGCAAUAUAGUCACCGCUUGUAUUCUCGUCUACUAUAGUCCCGACGCUAAACAGCCGAUCCCCGCGUGGCCACUGUUAUUGUGUGCGGUCGGCCUUUUUAUGUACCAAACUCUGGACGCGUGUGACGGCAAACAGGCCCGACGGACGAAGACAUCCUCCAGUUUGGGAGAGCUCUUCGAUCACGGAUGCGAUUCCGUCUCCACCAUAUUCGUGUCGCUGUCGGUGUGUCUGGCGGUUCAAUUGGGAGAAUGCGUUGCCCUGAUGUUGAUAUUGCAGGUGAUGGCGACGGCCCUCUUCUAUAUGGCUCACUGGCAGACGUAUGUGACGGGAGAGUUAAAGUUUGCCAAAUUCGAUGUGACCGAAGCCCAGAUGACCAUCAUUGUCAUUCAGGUGGUGUCCGCCAUCUGCGGCACAUCCUUCUGGACGUAUGAGCGAAUCGAUUCACUCGGUGUGGACUUAAGACUCGCGGUGAUGCUUAUGACCGCAUUCAGCUCCGUAGUGAUAGGCUGUAGAUAUUUCAAUGCAAUCAUAACGAAAGGCGUCGGCAAAAAUGGGUCCUCCGUUGCUAUUCCAUGGCUAAUGCAUGUGAAGCUUCAAAUGAUUCCCACAUUUUUCUCGAUAGGCAAUGAAUUGCUAAUAUUUUGCACGGAAGCAAAAGUGAUACUUUCGGGAGGGGUCGGCAAAAACGGCUCGACUGUUGCCGAUACGUCGAUAUUAUCUCCUUUGAUACCGAUAUUCCUGUCGGUGGUGUCGGCGCUGACCAUAUUCUUCAAGUCGCCGACCCCUGUGUUUUCGGAACACAUUUGUUUAUAUCUGAUUACGUUUGGUUUAGUGACGGCAAAGAUUACCAAUAAACUGGUUGUGGCGCAAAUGAGCAAAAGUGAGAUCACAAAACUGGACUCAGUAUUCAUCGGACCAUUGCUUUUAUUUUUGAACCAAUAUUUUAACACAAUUAUUGAUGAAUACGUCCUGUUAUGGAUCGCUUUAGUUUAUAUACUAUUGGAUUUUCUGUACUACUCGUACAGCACGUGUUCCCAAAUCGCCGAUUACCUCAAAAUCCGUGUCCUAUCGAUACAAUACCAAAGGCCUCCGUCGACGCACUCGAGCCAGAGUUCGGUCAGGAAUAACGGAUCGGAUAACUCGACUAAUGCCGAGCACUGGUCACCGAAGGACUGGAAACAGUAUGCCAUACCCUUCUGGGAUCAGAUCCCAGAUUUUCUCAACCAUUGGCCCAUCAAAGCCAACACACAAUCCCAUUGUCUACAGUUCAUGAUUCGCCAGAAAUCUGGCAAUUCUUCGGAUCACUAUGAGAUCAAUUACUCCAGAGAUCAUAUCAUCGAGUGCUCUCACGGCUGGCAUUAUACCGACCAUAAGAUAUCAAUCAUAUCUCAGUUACAAUUAGUUUGCGACAGAAAAUGGAUUCUCGAGAUAUUACCCCUAAUAUCAAGCGUCGGAUUUACUUUAUCUGUGAUUGUAUUGUAUUUCGAAAGCUAUUGUUUCAUAAACAACACCACACUAUUCCUGUCGAUGCGAUUUCUGUCGGCGCUCUUCUUCGGCGCCAACUUCUAUACCGCCGUUGUAUUGAUAUCUAAACUAAAAGCCAUCGCCGAAAACCGAUUCUAUGAAAUACUAUUCUUGUGCGGACUCAUGGGCUCGUUGUUUGCCAAAGGAAUCAAUUUAUUGAUCAUUUAUUGGUUUAAAGAUUGGAAAGUUGUGCACAUUUUGACCACAUUUUCUAUAAUUCCGCUCAUAUUCUUGGGCACUACAGUAAUUAUGGGACCGGACGGCUGUACCGGUAAUUACUGUCCGAUCGUGGACUCUGUCAACGCCAUUACACUAAUCGAUGGCAUUAAUAAUGGUAUUAAUAAUAGUAAUAAAUGUGUCCAACAAUUGAAUGGAUCGCUAAAUAAUAAGUGCGGCGAAGAAUCGGUGAAUAAUUCUGUGAAUAUAAAAACUAAUCGGCAAACAAACGGACAAACUGUUAAACAACCAAUACGUAAAUGCAAUGGCAAAGAGGUUCCGCCCCUAUAUCUGGAGCUAUUGUGUUAUCUGAGUUACGCUGUGUUAAUACUAUUCGGAUAUUUGCGUGAUUUUCUCCGACGGCUGGGCUUAGAGAAAACCCGAUCGGCGGUCGAAGUGAACCGAGAGGGUUACGUCCCGUUAUACCAAAGUUUUGAGAGUUUUUUCACCAGAAAUAUCUACCGGCGUGUGUGUGACGGAUGCAAUCGGCCCAUCACUUGCGUUCCCGGCGCUGUCAUCGACGUCAUGGAUCGACUCACCGACGACUAUAACUGGACUUUUAAAUAUCCGGGAACGACAACCCGUGCCAUAAACAUGGGUUCGUAUAACUAUUUGGGUUUCGCCGAGAAUAGCGGCACUAAUGUCGAUAUAGUGGACAAUAUCAUCCACAAGUAUGGGGUGGGUGUGGGCGCCACACGUCAGGAAUGCGGCACAAUAGAUAUACAGAAGGAAUUGGAGCGCCGUUUGGCACAGUUUCUGGGCGUCGAGUCUAGUAUUGUGUUUGGUAUGGGAUUCGCCACUAACUCCACAAACAUACCAACUCUGGCCGAAAAGGGAUCACUGAUUAUCAGCGAUGAGUACAAUCACGCGUCGCUUAUACUCGGCUGCAGAAAGUCCGGCGCCUCUAUCGCUGUCUUCAAACACAAUGAUAUGAAAGACCUGGAAAUGAAGAUAAGACAGCAUAUAAUCAGUGGUCAGGAGAGGACGCACAGGCCGUGGAAGAAGAUUAUCAUAAUCGUUGAGGGCAUCUAUAGCAUGGAGGGCACAAUCAUAAACUUGCCCGAAAUAGUCAAAUUGAAACGCAAAUACCGGUGCUAUGUAUACCUGGAUGAGGCACAUAGUAUCGGCGCCAUUGGGCGUCGGGGGCGCGGAGUGUCUGAUUAUUUUGGCUGCGAUCCCAAGGAUAUAGACCUAUGGAUGGGAACGUUUACGAAGAGCUUCGGCGCCGCCGGUGGUUAUAUUGCCGGUCGGAAACAGACCAUCGAUUACAUAGCCAUACACUCACAGGCGGCCACUUAUGCCACAUCCAUAGCUCCGUGUAUUGUUCAACAAAUCAUAUCUGUUAUCAAUGUUAUUAUGGGUGUCGACGGCACCGAUGAUGGUCAGAAACGCAUCGAACGAUUGUCCAGAAAUGCCAGAUAUUUUCGCAGUCGACUCAAACAAAUGGGUUUCGUUGUCUAUGGGAACGACGAUUCGCCAGUGGUUCCCAUUAUGAUCUGCUUCUGCUCUAAGAUUUCUGCUGUUGUGCGGACAGCGUUCCAGUGCGGCAUCGGUACAGUGGGCGCCGCAUUCCCGGCCACACCGCUCACCACCGGUCGCGUGCGCUUCUGUGUGUCGGCCUCUCAUACGAAAGAAAUGCUCGACAAAGCGCUGACAGUUAUGGAUGAGAUUGGAGAUCAAGUGGCCAUUAAGUACUCAAAGCAACCAAAAAGCUGUGAAAAAAUUAUUUAUUAG